AAUAUGCAUAAUAAAAGUGCAGCUGCUGGUCCCAGACAUAUUGUCUGUAUAAGGUGACUUUCGAAAUAGGGUUGUGUAGAUUUUUUUGAGAAUGAGAAAGCAAUCGUUGAAGAAGUUUCUACUCUUUCCUCGACUCAAAAAUUUAGUUUUGAUCUGCACCACGGUGGUCGUAUACACUGUCUACUGGCAUGUUAUAGCUACUGCAUUUGUUACACCAACGUAUAAACAGCAAGUAUCAGUCGUACACCCAAAUGAUAAGAAUGAAAAGUUUACAGUGCUCACACAAGUAUAUUCGCAUGCAGCGGAUGUGCAAAAUUUUAUAGACCGCGUAUCCGGGUUAGAGAAUGUUGAGCGCGUCAUUGUGUACUGGAAUUCACCUGAGCAACCCUUAGACUCUGAAGAGAUAAUUUCCUCGGUCCCAAUUCACAUACUUAGUGGUCCUAAGAAUAGUAUGAAUAAUCGAUUCGCAGAUAGUAAGUUGAUUAAUACGGAGGCUGUUUUUCUUCUGGACGAUGACUUAAAAGUUGAACCGAAAGACAUCGCAUAUGCCUUUCAAGUUUGGCAAAGUCAUCGAAAUCAAAUUGUUGGUUUUCUGCCGCGAACAUUUGAGGGAUCUGGGGAAAAGACUAAAUACAGACUCGUAGGUUCAGACGGAAUAUAUUCUAUAGUGCUCAUAGGUGCUUCCUUCUUCAAUCGACGGUAUCUGAAAAUCUACCAUGGAGAUGAUAUGCAGCCGAUGAGGGACUAUGUGGACUCCGUAUUCAACUGUGACGAUAUUUUGAUGAAUUUCAUUGUGGCCACCCACUCGGGAUUGCCACCAGUGCAAGUAUCCGCAGAAGUUGUUAGCUUUAUGGACGUUAGCACCAAAGGUUUAAGCGAGCAGGGCGACUGGUAUAAAAAACGAAAUGGCUGUUUGGUUGAUCUCUCGAAGUUGUUCGGUCGUAAUCCAUUACAUUUUAAUGAUAUAGCGUACAGGAAGCCUGAACAGGUCUAUCGUAUCGAUAGAUACGGUGUUGCUCCGGUAAUAUCCGUCACAGGCAUCAAAAACUAUUUCUUUGAGGACGAAGACGCAUACUUAGAGAACGAAUUGGAAGACGAAACCCUCACCCUGUCCAUAACCACUUUUGCAAGACCGGAAAACGUAGAGAAGAUCGUACACAUGAUCCUGAAGAAGUAUCAUAUAAUCCGUGAAGUCAUAAUUUGGAAUAAUAAUGUUGACAAUCCUUUUAAGACGAGUAUGGGUCGCGAAUACCCAGGAGUGAGCAUCAGAGUAAUCAAUUCGAAAAGGAAUAUACAUGAUAAUGGCCGUUUUGAGGCAUGCGCUAUGGGGAGAUCUAAUGCCUGUUAUACUCAGGACGAUGAUUUCAUCCCUAAUUCAGUAGCUGCACUGUGGACAUCCUAUAAGCUCGAACCUGGUGUACCUCAUGUGGUAUCGGACACAGGGACAUAUAAUCUGAAUUAUAAAUGGACCUUCUUCCGAGAGGAUGUUGGUAUGCAUGCCGGCUUUGCCUGGGUGGGUGUGGGAGCUGUCUUUGGCCGUGAUCUGGCACAACGAUUUCUCAAACAACAACAAGAACUAGGAUUUUCUGAAGAACAGCAGCGACUCUCGUGUGUAUAUUUCACACUAUUUUGCAAUGAAGUGCCGAUAACCUUAAAUAGGGGGUAUUCAUUGAAUCAGACUGGUUUGAGUGUCGAAGGAGCUUUCUCGUGUGGCAAUUGUACAAUUAAUCGGCAGCGAAUUGAAGGUCAUAAAAUUUCAGCGGUGACAACACUAUACACGCACAUCAAGGAUAAUUCGGUCGUAUUCCCUGCCACACACCACUCAAGGUCAAUUAGCAAAAGGCUAGUCAAGGCACCAUGCCAUGAUGAUCGUUGUGUGUUUCUUGCUAGUGUCGAUCCCAUGGCAGAGUGGUCGGAAGGCCAAAAAUUUGAUGAGAGAGAUUUCGGUGCGUCAUUCGCGUCUGGAUAUUUGAGCGAUGAACUUAGCUUCCGUCAAAGUAUCAAUUUCUUCGGUGCUGUAGACAACGACCUCACAUUAUUUUGGUUGUUCAGAAAAAGAAAGGAUAAUGAUUAUUUUGGCCUUCGUUUUGUUAAAAGAGAAACUAUAUCUGGGUUCGAGCUGAUAGUGCCGGACGAAAACAGGAGUGAACCGGUCCCCGUUCCUACUUUACGUAUCACGACCUUUUCCUCAAAUAGUGCAUGGGUAACACCAAAAAUACGUCACACCAAAACCCCGUUGGCCGGUAACCUAUGCAAGAUUGCUAUAGAACUUGUUUCUGGCUGGACUCAAAUUCGGGAGGUCAGAUUCAGUUUUGAAAACCAACCACAUCAAACAACUCAGAUACAUGAAUUGAUACCUGUCUACUGGACAGCUGAUAAGUUGGAUAUGGAGGAUCAAUUGUUUGUAAGUGCAGAGAUACCGAUACUGAAUUCCGAGGGUGAGUUGAUUGGCGGGUCCUUAAUGUACGACAGGCUUUUCACCUUGGCAAGGGCACUUGAGCCCUAUGAACGAAGUGUUUCACUCCUCUUUACUGGGAAAGAAGUAGGCCUAGCCAAAGAAAUUGACUGGAAGAAGCAUAAUGUACUUUUUUUACUUCCCGAGAGACCCGCGGGAUUCACAACAACACCAAUUUUACCAAUUGUAAUCAGUGCGGUGCAGAUUCUCGAUUGGUUUGAUAAGAAUAUAUACAGGUACAAGGUCAUCCACGUUGAUGUUGUGAACAAUCCUAUGCAUUUUGCUGUGAUGAAAAGGUCACAAGCGGAUACAGCAUAUCGUGGGGCGCAAUUUGUAGUGCACAUGGGCACACUUCUGAAGGAGCGGCUUUCACGUGAAGGGAAAUUUGUGAGUUCCGAAACUGACCUCGUUGUAAGCAAUAUGGAAGUGGAAUUAAUCAAAAGGGCCGAUGUAGUUGUUUUCAGCACGCUACACGAGCUCCACUUUGUGAGAAAACUAUGCAAUAUCAGUGACAGUACACGCGAAUCCAUUGCAAUUUUGCCACCAAUAGGAUCGCCUUCGUUGUCCGGAACGAAAAAACAGCCUUCUUUCACCUCGCCAGAGAUUCCCAGUACCUUCUCAUUUGUAUUUGUUGAAUCGCUGGUAACCAGAAAAGAUCACGUCCGCCGCCUUUGUAUAGCUUUGAGAUUGUUGGAAACUGAAGCACAAUCACUAGAUACAGCAGAUUGGACGAUUCAUUAUUUUGGCAGUCAAUUCCAGAACAUACUUGGUGUUGAGUGUGGAUUGUCGGCCGAGAUGCAAAGUCACAUUACAACAUCGAUGGUGUCUGUUGUGGAAUUUUGCCGAGCAAACGCGGGUAUUGUUUUGGUGUCAAGCUUCGGGUGUGAAGAUCCUUUGUCAGUGAAUCGAAUUGUGGAUGAGGGACUUCCUGCUUUGAUUGCAUCUUCAUACGCGGGCAUUGUGAGUGCUAAGAAUUCGCUCAGUAUAUACCCUGAGAGUAUAAGAGGACUCGUAGACGCAGCUAAAGAAGUGUUGACCUCUCGUCGAUCUCUUACUGAGUAUAUACCCGCACCUGUACUACUUCGAGCUGCGAGGGAAACCAAAUGGCAUUCAUAUACUUCAGUACUGAAGUCUCUUUCCGGGCCAAGAUAUUUUCCAGGAGCAGCAGACCAGCCUCAUAUAACAAUCUGCAUCGCCACAUAUAGUAGAUCGGACCUAUUAGCAGAAACUCUUGAAUCCGUGAGAAAAUUGGACUACCCAAAUUACGAUGUCCUGAUCGUGGACGACGGGUCGUAUCGCAAAGUAGAUAUUGCUAUGCUUGAUAAUCUUAGUAGGGAGGCUACGAAAAAAAUCCGGGUGAUAAAACGACCUAGGUCCGGCGCGGCUGCAUCCAGAAAUAUACUCUGGAGGGAAGCUACAAACGAUUACUUGUUUUUUCUCGACGACGAUGAUCUCUUGAAACCAAAUACAUUGACUAAAAUGAUGCUGUCGCUCCAAGCAACAAAUUCUGAUGCAGUUGCUGGUUGGAUAAGAAAGUUCAAGGUGAAUCCCGAUACUAAAGAGCGAAUGGAACUGCACUAUUGGUGUUCAGUGGGCCUGGACUACAGUUCCCCAACUCUGUCGAAUACAGUUGGGGGUGCUAAUGCACUUUUCAGGAGGAGUGCGAUAGCCCAUGUGGGUGGAUUUCCUGCUGCCGAUUUUGGAACGGCAUAUCUUGAUCUUGCGAUGUGGCAACGUCUACGGGAAAACGGCUUGAAAGUGACGACUAUACCGGCUGAAUUGUAUUAUUAUCGUGAAAACAAGAAGGGUGUUUUUCUCAAUUCAAUAAGUCAGAUGCGUGACAGAGAAUUAGUGGCGGCGGAAAUCGUCCAAAGACAACCAAAAGAUUCAAGAGAGUUUUUAUUUGGCGGAUAAUUGGAUUCUUAUAGUAAAAUCUAGGAUUCUGAUGGUAAUCCUGGCCGUCAGUCAACAACAGACCAUUGCCUUUUUUAUCAGUAGAAGGCUAUGAACCGACAGUAUUUAUGACCAUAUUGUAAACCCAUGCAGUAGCAGAAGCACGGAAGACUUCAGAAGUCUUCUGAAAAGGAAGUUUCCUAAAACUUCGACGGCAGCCUUUAGAAAAUAAUAUGCUCUGUAGUACGUACAUGCAGUACAGCAAUCGUCCAACAAAAAGUGUUGAGAAAUACAAAAGCCAAAUUGAAUAUUCUAAAAUAAAACGAGAUUGUAGUACACCCACCCUAUUGUACACUAUGUUUGCUAUUAAAAGAACUAAGCUAGUUGGUUUAGCCGCGGUAGAACCAGUGUACAAAAGGAUCAGCAGGAGGGCUGACUCUGUAGUCUCAACCAGGAAUCCCGGCUUCUGGGUCCAUACGUCUGUCUCUCUCUCUAGUAGAGUGAUAUGUAGUUAAUUGUCCUGGGCCUGAGGUAGUGAGUUUGUCCAUCGUCCUGUUCCCAGGGCUGGACUGUCCAGACCUCCAGUGACCGUGAAAGUCCGCUACUACAACACCCCCCCCCAGGAGGUACACGCCUCAGAAGAAGUAUCGCACAUGCGUCAAAUAAGGCCAAAUCAGGCGACAUCAAAUACAAGUAAGAAAUAACUAAACUGUAAUAUACUGUACACUCGAGUAUACUCUUGGUGAACUAAGUAAGGUAGAUGUUUUCUACCGUGACUAUCCAGUGUACAAAAGGUUCAAACUUAGGAUUAAGGCUUCUACUAUUAAUGUAGACAUGAUAGUUUC